CAGCAGCACUUGUCUCAUUGCUCCCACAGGCAGGAUAGCAUUUCAGUGUUCACUUGGACUGCUUGACUCUAACUUUCCAGAGGCGUAUUUGACUCCCCAAGAGGAUGGAAGCUAACACUGAGAAAACGUAUCCCACAAUCGCAGCCCGGGAGAGAGGGCCCGGACCAGGAAGAUAUGGAUUACCUCCUGCCAUUGGGUUCGUGGGACAUGAUCUUACCAAACACACAAAUCCAGCUUACACUUUCGGGAGAAAACACAGCAGUGUAUUGUAUCACACCGAAUGCAGUCCAGGUCCCCGGUAUUACAUUGACCCAAAGAUCACACGCUUCGGCAGAAGUGGAACUCCCUCAUACUCCAUGUCGGGUCGAGCGAAAACUUGUGAUCUUUCUCAGAAGCCAGGAGUACCAGGACCAGGUGCCUAUAACCCAGAGAGAACACUCCACCUCAGCAAGCACAGAUCACCAGCUUUCUCAAUGGGAUUCAGAACUAGAUAUCGAAAGCUGGACACAGUGCCGGCCCCUAAUAGCUACACACUUCCAUCCCUAAUGGGGCCGAAGGUUCCUACCAAGCCUUCCAGUGCUAGUUUUUCAGUUACUGGGAGGACAAGAGGAGAGGAUCUAUCCAGAACCCCAGGGCCUGGCCGGUACAGUCGUACUGACCCGAAUGUUUUCCUACGCAAACAACCAGCUUACUCAAUGCUGGGUCGGCAUGACUUGCCCACUUAUUAUACGCAGGCGCCAGGACCUGGAGCACACAACCCUGAAAAAGUGACCAUCAAUAAGCCCAGUAUCCCUGCCUUUUCCCUGGGAAUGCGGCACUCGGAAUUUGUGACCCCUCUGAUCGUUGACAUUUCCGAUUGACUUCCCGCUCAGUAACUAACAGCUGGAACAUUAAGGCUUAACUCUAGUUUAAAAUAAGUGUUGUUUUAAAGUUCUGUAAACCAAUAAAACUGGUAUCUACG